UGCCAAAACAUUGAAAAAAGCUCCCACAAUAAAUCUAGCAAUAAAAAUGGAAACCUAAACUAGAACUCAAUCUCCCAUAAUUUCAAAAGCUUGAAUUCCCUAAUAAACACAAACAUUAGAACAAAGAAAUCUAAGGGGAUCUCAAAUCACAAUCACUUUUCCUACACAGUUACGGAAGAAAUCAUAGUGAACGAGGAAGAUGAAGAACAACAACAAGCAGUAGAAGUAAAUCAUCUGCACUGGGUCGUCAACACUUCAAACACUAACGGCUUUCCUCAAGAGUUUGGACUCAAAAAUUUUGUUUAGGUAGCUAUGGUUUCCGCUCAGAUGAGGAUUGUCUUUGGUCUCUUGACCUUUGUCACCGUUGGCAUGAUCAUCGGUGCUUUGUUACAACUAGCAUUUUUAAGAAGGCUGGAGGACUCUAUUGGCACGGAGUUUCUACCUGCUGGAAGGUUACAUAAAACUCAGUAUGAUAGCCAACGUCAAUUGCCCCGAGUGACCGUAAAGAAUCGUGAAUUUAGUAAAGAACUUGGAGGGAAUCAAUUCAAUCCAGGCCUUCCUAAUUGGAUUAAUGACAAAGAAGCAGAAAUUCUUCGUCUUGGCUAUGUUAAACCAGAAGUAGUAAGCUGGUCACCACGAAUCAUAGUAUUGCAUAAUUUUUUGAGCACAGAGGAGUGUGACUACCUUAAGGGAAUAGCACUUCCUCGCCUUGAAAUUUCCACUGUUGUGGAUACGAAAACCGGAAAGGGCGUUAAGAGUGAUUUUAGAACGAGCUCUGGAAUGUUUUUAAGUCAUCAUGAGAAAAACUAUCCAAUGGUCCAGGCAAUUGAAAAAAGAAUUUCUGUCUAUUCUCAAAUACCAGUAGAAAAUGGAGAGCUAAUUCAAGUGUUAAGGUACGAGAAGAAUCAAUUUUACAAGCCUCAUCAUGACUACUUUUCUGAUACUUUUAACUUGAAGCGUGGUGGUCAGCGGAUUGCAACUAUGCUUAUGUAUUUAAGUGAAAACAUUGAAGGAGGAGAAACCUACUUUCCGAAGGCUGGUUCUGGCGAGUGUAGUUGUGGUGGGAAGACCGUUCCAGGACUGUCGGUUAAACCAGCCAAAGGAGAUGCAAUACUUUUCUGGAGCAUGGGGUUAGAUGGGCAAUCAGAUCCAAAUAGCAUUCAUGGAGGGUGUGAAGUACUGUCAGGCGAAAAAUGGUCUGCCACAAAAUGGAUGAGGCAAAAGAGUACUCUGGUACCAUAAUUCAUACUUUUCUAGUUUCAUUUGUAUUGUAUAUCACCAAUGAAUAUUUUGUUACAUAUAUCAACUAAUAAAUUUAUAUAUAUAUAUAGAGAGAGAGAGGGAGAAAAAUUGAGAGGCUAAUUUAGAUAGCGUCUUAACAUAAUUAAUCACACUUAGAAUGAAUCGAUUUAUUUAAUGAAUAAUAAUACAGUACAAGCAGCAUCCGAUGUUUCUUUUUUC